AUGGUCCAUCUGUCGGGAAUCCCGGAUAAGAAUCUCAACGCAGAUGGUCUGAGUGCUGGCAGAUUAACUCCUCAGCCUGAUGGCAGGAGAACUCCCCAGCUCCAGCUCAUCAACUUCCCUGAUCAGUUCACCACCAGUGUCUACGGUUCGAGAUUUGCUGGCGAGGACCUUCCCCGCACUAAGAUGCCCGAAUGCGAGAUGCCCCGCGACAUCGCCUAUCGUAUGAUCAAGGACGAUCUCAGUCUCGACAACAACCCCAAGCUAAAUCUUGCUUCUUUCGUCACCACUUACAUGGAAGAGGAAGCUGAAAAGCUCAUGGCCGAUGCUUUCCCCAAGAACUUUAUUGACUACGAGGAGUACCCUCAAUGUGCUGAGAUCCAAAAUCGCUGUGUCAACAUGAUUGGCGAUCUCUUCCACGCACCCGCUGGUACCGCUGUGGGCACCUCGUCGGUCGGCUCCUCCGAGGCCAUCAUGCUCGCCGUGCUCGCCAUGAAGAAGCGCUGGAAGCAGCGUCGCCAGGCCGAGGGCAAGCCAACCGACCAACCUAACCUGGUCAUGUCCUCCGCCGUCCAGGUGUGCUGGGAAAAGGCCGCCAGGUACUUCGAAGUCGACGAGAGGCUUGUGUACUGCACACCCGAGAGGUAUGUCAUCGACCCUGAAGAGACAGUCGCUCUGUGCGACGAGAAUACCAUUGGUAUCUGUGUCAUCUUGGGCACGACGUACACCGGUGAGUACGAAGACGUCAAGACUGUCAACGACCUCUUGGUUGAGAGGAACAUCGAUGUUCCCAUCCACGUCGAUGCUGCCAGCGGUGGCUUCGUCGCGCCAUUCACCGUCCCUGACCUAGAAUGGGAUUUCCGCUGUGAAAAGGUGGUGUCCAUCAACGUCUCUGGUCACAAGUACGGUCUUGUCUACCCUGGUGUGGGCUGGGUCCUCUGGCGAGCUCCCGAAUACCUUCCCAAGGAACUCGUCUUCAACAUCAACUACUUGGGUGCCGACCAGGCUUCGUUCACCCUUAACUUCUCCAAGGGAGCUUCACAGGUGGUGGGACAGUACUACCAACUCAUCCGCCUGGGUAAGCACGGAUACCGCUCCAUCAUGAGCAACCUUACACGCACAGCCGACUACCUCACUCGCUCCCUAGUACAGCAAGGGUUCAUCAUCAUGUCCAAGCCCUCUGGUGAGGGACUGCCUCUAGUCGCCUUCCGCUUUGCUCCUGAUGAGGACCGCGGAUUCGACGAAUUUUCCCUCGCAAGGACUCUUCGUAGCCGUGGUUGGGUCGUCCCCGCCUACACCAUGGCUCCCCACACGGAGGAGCUCAAGAUGCUUCGUGUCGUUGUUCGGGAGGAUUUCUCCCGCAGCAAGUGCAACAUGUUGAUCAAUGACAUCAAGCUAUGUGUCGGACUCCUCAAAGAGACUAACCAGGAGGUCCUGAGGAGACAAGACGCUUACAUCCAGAAGCACAUUCUUUCAAGUGGCAAGCUCCGAAAUGACGCGAGCCCAACAGCCUACAAGAAUGAAACGCAUUCUAUCCAAGGCAAGACUGGAAAGACUCACGGUAUCUGUUAA